CUGGAGGUCACAGCUGCCGAAGUUCAGGGGGAUGCCCCUAGCUUCAUCAGAUUUUGAAUAGGCCAAAUCUGAAGUCUUUCCAAGGGUGUGGCUGCGUUCAUCUUAUUUCCCCAGCCCAAGUGGAACAGCGGAGAAUCGUGAGAAGGACAGACACAUUCAGCAGCCAGAGGACACGGUGGACAGAGCAGGACACUGUGGACAAUAUGCUGUUCUUUGGGCCCAAGUUGCUGCUGUUUGUCAUGGCACUCAGCAUCCCCUCGGACUGGCUACUCCUAGGGGUCAAUGGUCAACGAGGAGAUGAUGUAACUGAAGCAUUCACAGAAGAUCCUAACCUGGUGAAUGACCCUUCUACAGAUGACACAGUUCUGGCUGAUAUCACACCUUCCACAGAUGACUUGGCCUCAGCUGGUGACAAAAAUACUACUGCAGAGUGCCGGGAUGAGAAAUUUGCUUGCACCAGACUGUACUCUGUCCAUCGGCCAGUCAAACAGUGUGUCCAUCAGGUCUGCUUCACCAGUUUACGACGCAUGUACAUCGUCAAUAAUGAGAUCUGCUCCCGGCUUGUCUGUAAAGAACACGAAGCUAUGAAAGAUGAGCUUUGCCGGCAGAUGGCGGGCCUGCCUCCGAGGCGGCUCCGUCGCUCCAAUUACUUCCGACUUCCUCCCUGUGAAAAUAUGAAUUUGCAGAGACCCAGUGGUCUGUGAUCAUCAAGGAAGAAACAAGAACGAGAGGAGUCAGAAAUUCCUUCUCCUCCAACCACCAUCACCUGUCCUACAGACAUGUGUUUUUUAAACUAAGCCCUUUGCAAUGCCCCGGCUUUGACCCUACUCUCUAAUUUUCACCGGACCUGGUAACAUGUGUCUCGUUUUAUAGUACUCACAAUAC